AAUUCUCCGUACAUUUUUUAUUCCUUUUAUAAUUAUCCUUUCGAAGCAACAUUUCGUUCUAGAUCUCGCAGCUGAAACAAACCCCGUUAACAUGACAACUACGCAAAUCGCGAUUCUCGGCGCCGGUAUCUUCGUCAAAACGCAGUACGUUCCGCGACUCUCCGAGAUCUCCGACAUCGUUUCCGUCAAAUUCAUUUGGAGCCGCUCCGAGGAAUCCGCGAAAAGUGCGGUUGAGAUUGCGCGUAAGCAUUUUGGUGGUGUGGAGGCUGUUUGGGGAGAUCAAGGACUUGAUCGGAUUAUUAAUGAUGAUUCGAUUCUUGGCGUUGCUGUGGUUCUUGCUGGACAAUUUCAGGUUGAUAUAUCACUGAAACUUCUGAAGGCAGGGAAGCAUGUCCUUCAAGAGAAACCAGCAGCAGCUUCUAUAAGUGAGAUAGAAAAGGCAUUGUCAGGCUACAACUCUAUUCGUGCCAAUGUACGUGGUCAACCAAUUUGGGCUGUGGCAGAAAAUUAUCGAUUUGAACCUGCCUUUGUCGAGUCCAAGAAACUAAUGGCAGAGAUUGGGGAUAUGAUGAGUGUCCAAGUUAUUGUUGAAGGAUCAAUGAACAGUUCAAAUCCAUACUUCUCAAGCUCUUGGAGGCGAAAUUUCACAGGAGGUUUCAUUUUGGAUAUGGGUGUGCAUUUCAUUGCAGGAUUAAGGAUGCUCGUUGGAUGUGAGGUUGUCUCAGCAUCAGCCACGACCUGUCACGUGGACAAAACUUUACCUCCACCUGACAUUAUAUCAUCCAACUUUCAACUGGAGAAUGGAUGCUCUGGAGUUUUUGUGAUGGUUGUUUCCAGUAGAUCUUCAAAGAUAUUCUGGCGAGUUGUUGGUUUGAAAGGAACGAUACAAAUUGAGCGUGGAAACCAAAAUGGACGCCAGGGUUACACGGUUUUAUAUUAUACUGCUGAUGGGCAGUGCAAAAGUUUCUUCUACCCAUUCAGUGGAGUGACUGAUGAAUUUAAAACUUUCAUACAUGACAUUCAAGAGGCUAAGAAGGGAAAUGGCCAUGAAGUCGAGCCUCGCUUAUCUUAUAUUGAAGGUGCCAGAGAUGUUGCUCUUCUUGAGGCAAUGAUGGAAUCAGGAUCGAAAAACGGAGCCCUAGUUCACGUUAAAAAAUUCUAGGUUGACUAUCGAAUCCUCUGCUUGGCCAACAUCAUUCUGUCCAGCUAGGAACAUGAUUCUUAUGCUCAAUAUUUUUCUCCAAAUUUCUGAGUUCAUUCUUCAUUGUAAGAUUCAGGUUCAAUAUUGCAAACUCGAAGGCAGGAUACGGCUUCUCUGUUAGAUUCAAUUCUACCGAAUAAGAUCAAAUGUACGAACUCAGAUUGGGAAUGGUUGGUAAGAAUUUGUAAAGUUUUGAGGAAAACAAAAAAUAUUUCAGUGUUGUACCAUGUGAGUGGAUGGGCAGGGGCCAAGAGGCAUGCCCUGCUGAGCAAGAAAUCUGGCUAAAUCUUUAACUACGUUGAUGGGCCACAUUAUCACACAUCACGUACAAUAAUUAGCCAAACAUGCCCAACAUGAAUAAACAACUCUGAAUUUCUUUGUUGGUGAA